GGAGGAGCCAUGAGAAAGCUGCGGGGCUUGCAAACUCUUUCUGUGCUGGGGAGGAGGAAGAGGAGGAGGAGGAGGAGGAGGGUGGAGGAAGGGGUGCAUCGCAUCACAUCACGCCCUGCAACUGCUUUGGGAAAAGCAGAGGCUCCGGCUGUGCUCCAGUUUUUUCCCCCUGACUCGGCUCUACAUGUGUGCUGUCAUCAAGUUGCUUCAACGCCGCCGAGGACGCCGCCUGAUUCAGCACUGCCAGAGGCUGCUGAAGAGUUUUACACCACUUUGAUAAACCAAGAGAUUGAGGGAGAGGGAGAGACAUUGAACGCAUCAGUGUUGCAUGAGUAAAAAGUUCAUAUGGGAUGAUAGAUGGAGAAUGAUUCCGGAUCUGUUAAUGCAUUCGGCCUAAAUCCCUGCCCGCGUUCAUCCAUACAGUCCUGAGGAAAAUGCAGAUAUGUAUCCGAGAGGGCGUAUAAUGCAUCCAUGAUCCACAGGAAUCCUGAAUCCUUGCAGCUGAUUGGCUGCUGGCUUCCUGCCUCUUGUUGGGAUGGACCUGUUGGAUAAAAGGACCAUUUUCUAAAGGACUCUUGUGUGUUACACAGAGGAUCAUGCACUGGGGACCAUCCUGCGAGGCGGCACAGCGAGAACAACAACAAUAAAUAAAAGGCCCUUUCAUCACAAGAGACCAUGACGGGGAAACAAGGCGCCGUGCUGUCGGAAAGUUUAAAUCUGUCGGAGAAAACCUCCCUGGGAGCGAACGGAAGGGAUAACAGCCACCAGCCGAAGAGCGGCGCGACCCAUCCGCCGCCCAGGUGCACCGGCUUCGGCAUCCAGGAGAUACUGGGGCUCAACAAGGAGCCGUCCGCGGCCCCGAGGAGCCCGCUGGACGCUCUGCCGGCCGGGGCGCACCUGAUCGCCGCCAGGUCGCUGCUGGGCCCCGCCGGAGUGGGCAUGGGCGUCGGGAUGGGAAUAAUCGGCCCCGGUGGGAUUCCGUCGUUUUACAGCCAGCCCGCGUUUUUAGAGACGGUGCUGUCGGACGCACAAGACGUUCACCUGCAGCCCCACAGCAGGUCCGUGGGGCCGCUGGACACCAGCCAGUCUGCCAGUUCAGACUCAGACGAUUUGUCCUCAAACGAACGAAAAAUCUCAAAGUCGUCAGUAAAUCAGAGCAAGAAACGCAAGAAAAGACGUCACCGAACCAUUUUCACCUCAUAUCAGCUGGAGGAGCUGGAAAAGGCCUUUAAUGAAGCGCACUACCCGGAUGUUUACGCCCGAGAGAUGUUGGCCAUGAAAACAGAGCUGCCUGAGGACAGGAUACAGGUAUGGUUUCAGAACCGCAGAGCCAAGUGGAGGAAGAGGGAGAAAUGCUGGGGCCGGAGCACCGUGAUGGCCGAGUAUGGGCUGUAUGGAGCCAUGGUGAGGCACUCGAUCCCCCUACCGGAAUCCAUCCUCAAGUCAGCCAAGGAUGGCAUCAUGGAGUCCUGCGCUCCCUGGCUGCUCGUCCAAGAUGGCUUACCAAUCAACAGACGCUAUUCUAAAUCUGAAUACCCGCAACUCUUUGCAGGGAUGCACAAAAAGUCAGCAGAGGCAGCGGCUCCCCCGCCGGCUGGAAAGUGCGAUGCGCCCCAGCAGCCGAGCUCUCAGAGGGCGGAGGAGUCUGAGGCGGAGGAGAAGAGGUCAGAAGGCAGGUCCGCCGCCAUUUCUAAAGAGGAACUGCGGGAGAACAGCAUCGCUGCACUCAGAGCCAAGGCACAGGAGCACAGUGCCAAAGUGCUCGGGACGGUUUCUCAAGACAGACUGCUGGAGGGCAAACAGGAGAGACAGGCGGCCGAGGAGAAGGCCGGUGAGCCCCCGAGUCCAGCAGAGGAGGAGAAGAGUCCAUAGAGACUAUCACCAUCCUGAGGACUGUUAUUCUCCAGGAGUGAAUGUAGUCACCUGGCUGCUUUCAGCAUGUUAAAAAAAAAACUCUGUGUCCAGCUCAUUGACUUUCUCUAAACCGGCCCGCAUCUGGACUUCUUUGAGAAGAAAAAACUCAGCCUGGCCGACUCAGCUGAGAGGAUGCAAAUGCACUUUUUUUCUGAUUUACUUCCAAACACACAGUUGUUCAUGCACAGUAGAGAACGUUUAAGUGGGAGUAAAGUGUCAAUAUUGGUGUAUAUAGAUCCCACAAUUAUAUAUAGAGCCAGAUGAGUAAAAGUCUAUCCAUUAUAACAGUUAUAAUGCAUUAGUUAGGACCACAAAUGACCACCGAGCAUUCUGAAGGUCUACGUUUCUAUGUUGGCAUUCAUUUUUUAACAUUGCUCAUACUAAAUGGUGACAUUUGACAUAAGAAUCAUCCCACCGACAGGACUCUUUUAAGAGGAAGAAAGUAAUCGUUGUAUCGCGCUCUGUAUAGUUGAUAUGUUAAUCUCUCUCUCUCUCUCUCUCUAAGGCACAAUUUGAAAGAUGUUUUCUUGUAGUCCUGAGGAAAAAAUGUUUGUGUUUCCAUUUCAAAAAUAUGUAUAA